AGCGUAGGUCUAGUGUGACGUCACGGUAGCCUAGUUGGGUUAGGUUUUACGCUGGAAAUUCUAACGAAAAAUUUUUGUUUGACGAUUGAUGUUUUCCUCGUCGCAUUCACCGAACCGAGCGACGUAGCGAGCUGACGUAGUGGCGACCGGUGAUCGUGUUUUAUAAAUCGUGCGAUCGCGAAACCCCGCGCUGUCGACGUAUAUGAAAUUUUAAACGGAAAAUGAGUCGACAUGAAGGGGUAAGCUGUGACUCCUGCUUAAAGGGUAAUUUUCGGGGUCGCAGAUACAAGUGCCUCGUAUGCUACGAUUAUGAUUUAUGUGCCAGCUGCUAUGAAGGUGGUGCCAGUACUACACGCCACCUUACCGAUCAUCCUAUGCAGUGUAUUCUUACUAGAUCUGAUUUUGAAUUGUAUUAUGGUGGAGAAGGUGUCAGUGUAGAACAACCUCAAUCUUUAACUUGUCCUUAUUGCACAAGAAUGGGUUUUACUGAAGCUACUUUGCAAGAACAUGUUGCUGCGGAUCAUCCAGACACUUCAUUUGAAGUUGUCUGUCCAGUUUGCGCAGCUUUACCAGGUGGGGAUCCCAAUAAUGUAACAGAUGAUUUUGCUGGUCAUUUGACUUUGGAACAUCGUAGUGGACCAAGAGAUCUCAUUUCUCUUCUGGAUGAGCCAGCCUCAAGUCGACAUGGAGUCAGACGAAUACCACACCCAUCCAGAGGCGUAGGAGGGCAACGUCCACGCAGGUCCAACAUGCAUUUCAGUUCGUCUGGAGGCUUAAGUCCCAGUAGUCGAGAGGGUAUAGAUCCAAUCGCAGAAUUGUUAUCGCAAUUGUCGGGGGUUCGUCGAAGUGGUGGUGGUACAGGACAAAGUUCUUCAGCACCGUCUCAACUACAGCAGUUGCAAAUGCAGUUACAGUUGGAACGGCAACAAGUUAGAGCUGCUAGGCAACAGUUGGAACGGUUGCCCAGGAGACAGACACAGGUUAUUGGUUCAGUUAGUGGAGGAGGUGGUACAAGUGGUGGUCACUCUACUAAUAUGGCAAGUGUAGUGGCAAGCAGUACAAGUAGUAAUAACAAUGCAACCAAUGUGGCCAACUCAUCUGUUGUUUCAUCUACCAACUCACAGAGCUCAAUGUUUCUGUUGCCUAGAUGCAUUACAACUACACUGUCUGAUUCACAAUUGCAAAAUGUUGAACGCGAGAGUGCAAACAGAAGCCUCUUCGUUCGUGAACUUAUUCUUGGGACACUUUCGCAAACAUUGCCAGAUUUGCUACAACAACAACUGUCCAUUGCACAGACACCAAUAUCAAGUGCAACUACUGCCACGACAAGUCCUGAAACACCAAAUGCAAAUGCUUCCACGAUUCCCACGAAAAAAUUAAAUGUAACUCAAGAAACAAAACGAGAUCAAACAUCAAGUAAACAUGUAACGCCACCCCCUGUGCAGCAACAGCAGCAAUCGCAUAUCGUGCAAGCUGCAACUGGUAGUGUCGGAACAGGUCUGCAAAAUCAAGGAUUGUCUACAAAUUCUAAUAGUAUCACGUCGCAGAAUCCACCUAUGGUUCAAACGUUGAUGCAUAGUGUAUUACCCCAACCACUGGUACUGCAGCAGCCACUGCCUCCACCAAUUAGGAAUACUGGUACUGGGACCAUCAGAGAACCCAUAGCAAGCCCGGCACCUGCAUACCUGAGAGGUGGAGUGGGUCCGGUUGGUGUUACAGGUCCUUCACGUAGAAAGCCAGUUAGGGCUGUAGAUGGAAGAAACCAAUCUACGGAACCUCCACCCCCGCACUAACCCCUCCUUAGCCUAUACCCAUCCACCCUGAUUCCUCACAGGACCCUCUAGCACUAGUCCUAGCACUGUUUAGAACACCUCAUCAUUAUUGUUAUUAUUAUUAUAAUAUUAUAUAUUAAUAAUUAUUCAAAUGUCCCCUCCUGAUCCUUUUUGCCCUUCUAUUUUCCAAACUCUAAUCUCGUUACCUUUUGCCAUUAUGUGACAUGGAACAAGGGCAAGGGCUAAUUUCAUUGUUGUAUGCAGAAAAUGUAUAUAACUUCUUGCAGUUAUGCUCGGAAUAUGAUUCCUUUGUUUAAUUUUGUUUCGAUUACAGCGAGUCUUGCCACGUUCUUUUAAACCACUAUAUGAGUUUAUCGAUAAUCGAAUUUAAUCCAAAUUAAUGGAUCGCUUCUUAAAAGCAACAACAGUAUAUGUUUAACGGUUUCGUAUAUAAUGAAAUGAUGAAUCUUUAAGACAUCAGCGGAAAAAUAUUUGGUAUCCGAUCGGUUUCAAAUUAUAAUGCGAUGCGUGUCAUAUUAUUUCAUUGCUUCUUAUAAAGCACCAAAAAUCAUUUUUGGGUCAAUUAAACACAAUUGACUUUUUUUCGAGUAGUAAUAUGUUACCUACUAUUUACUCAAAAAGUUACAGUAUAUUUAUAAAAUAUUUAUAAUCAAUAUGCCUGGGUUGGUCCAUGAUACUAAUUUUUUAAUUUAUCAUUUUCCGCUCCUUUCUCCUUACGUAAUUUAUCUGUAACGAGAAAGAAUUUGUGUCAAUAUUAAUAUACUAAUCACUUCUCAUAUAUUAGGUUGUUCAUUUAGUUAUACAUUAUUUCUUUUGCGAUUUUUAAUACUAACUAUAUGUUUAAAUUUACUGUUACGUCUUACUGUAAACUUGAAAUAAAUUAAUUUAGGUUUCAAUGAAAUUAUAGUUUUCAAUAUAAAACACACACAAUGUAUUUGGAUAUAUCAUUAAUUAAGUCACAAUCGAUUAAAUUUUCCAUAUAACGUGUGUUAUCGCUAAUAAACAUUAAUUAAAGUUUGUGUCUGUGAGAGUUAGGAGGCCUAGUUUCUAAUAGCAUCAAGGUUGAGUUUCAUUGACCAGCCCAUUUAAAAAAAAAGAAAAAUCAAUGAAAAAGCUUAAAAUCUUGUCGUCAAAUUAAGUUAUUCGAUAUCAAAUUGAAAUUAUUAUAAAUGGAUUUGAAAGAUAUUACAAUUAAAAAUUAAAUCGACGUGUACACACGCGCGCGCCUUAUUUGUAUGUAUAUAAUGUGUAUGUAUACAUAUAUAUAUGUGUGUGUAUAUAUAUAUGCAUGCGUAUGUAUAUGUAUAUCAAAAGUAUAAUAAGGAAGAUUUUAAGCAGUCCAACAUAUUUUUUAUUCAUUUGUCGAAUCAUAGUAUUACGUAAGUACAUACAAUCGUUGUGUCAAUAUCGACCCUCUUUCCUCAAAGCAUGCCCUUGUCCUUGAAAUUCUAAUCACUCCAUUUUAAGCUACACGUCAUAAUGAUAAUAAUGAUAAUGAUAAUUAAGAAUAGUAAUGAUAAUAGUAUUGUUUGUACGCGUGUGUUAUGUCGAAGCCAAGGGCGUAAAACGAAAUAGAGGCAAUAAUUUAUUGCUUUUUCUAGAGGAAAGACAAAAAAAAAGCCGAAAGGAUUUUUCAUGAUUAUGUCUAAAAUAUGAGUUCACACAGAAAUAUUCAAAUUUAUAGACAUGACAAAAUCAGAUUUUGCAUGGGACGCAUACAGAUACAUUCGAUACUCAAAAAAGAAAUAUUAUAAAGAAUAGAAUCAAACAAAGCUCCUAUAAUUGAGCGUCGACUGAUAUGUCGAUAAUUGGCUCCUUCCCCUAGUCUUUACGCAUGUUUUGUUUUCUCUCUCUUUCUUUUUUUCUUUCAUUUUCUUUUUCUUCUUAUAAUCCUUUACUUUGUAAUUAGUUCUUCUUCAUUUCCUAUUUUUUCUUUUUUCAUAUAAUUUUAUUUGGGUGUGUAUCUACAAGAUGUGGAUAAGAGUUUAAAAAAACAAUAAAAAAAGAGGAAAAUCUAUACAGUUAAAGCAAAUGAAAUAAAGAACAGAAAAAAUGAAAAAGAAAUGCACACAUAUAUACGCAUAUAUGUGUUUGUAUUUACGUAUAAACAUACAUAUAUUAAAAAAUUUACAGACGCGUGCGUGCGUGCGUGCGUAAGCUUGUGAACAAAAAAAAAAAAAACAAAAAAAAAAAGAAAAAAAUUAGUAAAAUAUGUAGUAAGUGAUUUUUUCUUAUUUUGUAUAGCCCCUUUUAAAACUAAUUAUCUCUCUUCUCUGUCUGUCUAAUAUAAUAUCGUUUACAAAUAACUUUGCAGUGUUGGACACAUUAGGAUAGGCGUUAAAAAUUACGCCUAAAAAUUUAUCUUUUAUUUUCUAAUCACAUCCGUAUCGUAUUAAUUGUUUUUCUUUUAUCUACCAUAGUUAUCGAUAUAGAAAAAUAAUAUUCUUUUAAAAAUUAAAAUCCACGUUCUAUGUUUAAUGCAAAUUACACGCCUUCGUAACGUAUAGUAGAUUUACAAUAAUAAAAAGAUAGAAAAGGGAUGCGUACUUACUAAUUGUGAAAAAAGAAAUGCAAGAAAAAUAUCAAGGAUUAUUAUCCUGCGAGCUAAUUAAUAGCGAGCAAUUUUGCUUGGUAUUAAAAUAAAAAAUAAAACGCUGAUGUAUUCAGGGAUAGAUCAAAAGAAAAAUAUAUGUUUAAACGGACAAAUAGAAUGAUCAAAAAAUGGGACUCAUUGAAAUCGAGUAUCAUGAAAAUGAUAAACUGACUUAUCGUUAGAACGAAGCAAGACUUUUAUGUAUCAAUUUGAUACCAAACAAGAGUUGGUCCAAAGAUGUUAUAUCAUAGACAGAAUUAUAUUGUUUCGCAAGUAUAAUAGAUAUCUAUAUUUUUUGUUUUAUUUUAUUUCCAGUAUUAUUUGUUAGUAAAAGAUAUUUCCUGUAGUAUGUGUGAUCGCUCACAUCGUAAGAAUAGAGAAUACACGUGGGAUUUGAGAUAAUUUUCGUUCGAGUAGGAAAAAGAAAAAGAAAAAAAGAAAAAAAAACAAAAGAAAAUGAGAUUCUUUCCCUUGUUUUCCCUGUCACUCAUAAACCCCCAAAAAAUCCAUUCCCUUUCAGUUUCAACGGGAGUCCUUAUGAUCUCGUUAAUUAAUAUAACAAUUAAUAUAACUCAAUACGAUUAAGUUUCCGAUUAUUUGACGUAAUUCGAAAAGAACGAUACAUAAUUUACUUGAAAAGAAAAUACGAAUACUUCGAUAUCAUUGUCACAGAUAUCUACAGUUACAGUUUUGUUCGUUGCAGCUUUGAAAGUCAUUCGUUUUACCAUUAACCUUUGGCUUGCCGUACAUACUAAUUGGGAUUCAACUGGAAGCAACGGAAAAUAGAUAUAUACAUACAUACACACUACUUUUUAUCGUACGUGGCGUAUUUAAAAACGUAUUUUAUACGUUUCCGAAUUUACUUUUCAUGCAUUCUACAACGAGUUUCUAGAAGAUCGAAAUUCGACCAGCGUUCAACCACCUCGUCUAGAGAAAACGUUAUAAACUUUACGUGUAAAGGAAACAAAAUAAAAAAGACAAAAGGAAAAUAAUACAAAGAAACUAGAAAAACGGAUAUGCUCGUGGCGUAUUUUCGCUUUAUCCGAGAAAAAUACUGAAAAUUUUUGAAAAAGAAAAAAAAGGAAAAAAACAAGAAAUAAAUAAAAAACAAAAUAGAAAGGCGAGAUAAACUUCCUCUGAUUACGACUUCUAUCUGGAUCUAACUUGUUAUACUUCAAACGACGUUGUCUAUCGCACGUGUGUAUAUGUCGAAGACUUCUAUAACGUUUUUAUGCAUAUGUGCAAAGUGCAUAGAACAAAUGCAUGUAACCUUCGAGUGUAACAAAACGGAUGGAAUAGUAUGAGAAGCAAAGUAAAAAAGCAGCUUUUUGCCUUUGUACCUCGAUUCAUUUUAAGCGAAAGAACUUCUUUAAAGAGCGAGAGAGAGAGAGAGAGAGAGAGAGAGAGAGAGAGAGAAAGUGAGAAAGAACAAGACAAAGAGCAGCGAGUACUACUUAUUGUAUACACAGUGACAUACUUGCAAGUAUUUGUUAAGAACAAAUACUCUUUUUAUUAAUGACGUCCACACGAACGUAAAAUGCACUUUUCCUGUUAUUUGGUAUGCAUCCGAGAGUUUUGAUCGAACAUAUUACGAAUGUUACGUGUGCGUGCGUGCGUGCGUGUAUGUGUGUGUGUACACAUACUAGAAAUGAGUUUGUUAAAAAAAAAAGAUGUGAUCGGGAGAGAAGGCCCAUGCGACACAUAAAACUCGACGUAAAGAUAAAACGAUCUAAUGUUUAUAGGAAUUCGACGAUUUUUCGUAAUGUUAUCGCACGAUGCUGUUCCUUAUUUUCUUAUCUAUUAGUCUUGAUUUAAGGCUUAUAUCUAGAUAGUGAAUAACUACUGCGGAUAAAGGCCAAUUGUAUGUGUGUGUUUGUAUAUAUAUACACAUACAUACACAUUUACAUACAUACAUAUAUAUGUAAGCAAUCAUGGGUGAUUUCAAUCGAUGCUAUAUGUGUAUGUGUGUAAUAAGUCACAAUUAUUAAAAAAAAAGAAAAAAAGAAAAAAAAAGAAAAAAAAAUAAUGAAAAGAAACCUUUACUUUUGGGAUCACGAUACGUCUUCAUAUUAUUAGAAAUUUCCUACUGUCGUAAAACAAAAAAGAUUAAUUAGUUUUCUUCUAAGUAACUUUUCGUACGGACACAUGAUGAACCGCAUAAGAUUGAUGAUCGUGAUCGUUACCGUUGUUCUAAUCGUCAUCUCAAUUUUUUCGUUUCCUUCGAACAACGUGCGAACGUUAAGGAUUCUUUUCACGAAUAACUCUUUGCAUAAAAAAGGAAAAGAAAACAACAAUAUUCCAUUCGAUUAUAAAAGAAGACAUUUGAGUUAUUGAGAAAUUUAAGGUAAAUGAGUGUAUUGUUUAAGAUAAAAUUGAUUCGACAUCUUUUUUUAAAUUACGUCGGGUUACGAAGAUCGGUUUCGCGUGUUCUUUGUCUAUUUCUACUCGAAAUAAUUUCAAGAUUCAAGAAGUCGAAGAAGACGGAUGGGGCAAAUUUGUUGUUUUUUUUAAUGCGUUCCACUUUUCUUUCGAUUCGUAUUUUUGAAAUGAAAUGAGAAUGUAUAUCUUAAAAAUUUCGAAAUUCGUAAGUCUCUCUACCGGUAAAUUUCUCUGUGGAUUUGGAUUUGCUGCGUUUCUUUAUCUUUUUUUUUUUGUAAACUUCACGAUUAUAAUCGAAAGAUAUGCACGUACGUAGGUACGUAUACAUAUAUACGAAUGAAAGAAAUGUGAAAGUAUGCAAACGAUAAAGAAGACACUGUGGGUGAUGAAGACGUUUACGUGGAAUGGUGUUUGACGAACAUUACUACUAAAGUACUAAUAGAGAAUUCAAAUGAAAUCUUAUACAUAAUAAGUAUUAAACUGUACAUUGUGUUUGAUUGUACUUUGUGUUAUACGCCUCUGAUGCUGAAUAUAAUGGAAAUUCAAUCGGA